GACACGUGACGACGCUUGAAAUCCUCUCCCGUCAUCGUCGCUCCACGGGGCUCCGCGGGAUCGUGACGCCGCACGACGACGCGUCGAGGACACCGACGACAACCAGCCAUCCGCCUCCGAUCUCGCGGCGUUUCUCCUCUUGCUUCUCUUCGUCCAAGAGAGUGCACGUGCGCGAACGUGCGAGCGCACUCGCCAGACACCCGACAGCUUCGCGCGCGAGCCACGCUUUAUUAGUCUAGCGCGGGCCAUCGUGAACCCCUUUAGUUGCCUCGCUACGCUUCGUCUUGUCUUGUCUCGCCGCGCCUCACUUCUCUCUCAUCUCGUCCGGCCUCGCCUCUCCGCGCUUCGCCAUUGGCCAUCGGCCAUCGGAUCAACGAGAUCAACGAGAUCGACGGAACCGUAGAGACGCGAGUGAGCCGAGGCGUGAUAAAAACCGGCGUUAAGGAUAGUGCGAUAUAGGGUUCGCGGACGAGAGGAAGGAAUCGAAGGAGCGCGAGGAAGAGGACCAAAAGGAGGGGCCACGACUAACGUGUCAAAGAGAGCGCGGAAGGUCGAUGCGCCGGAGGAACACGAAGAGCAAGAGAGCGGUAUCCUUCGGUGAUACAGUGCGACCAGCACUCGUGCCGGUACGUCGCGUUUAUCAACCACGUUCGCGAUUACGUCCGGAAACGUUCUUUUCCCGCGCGAGUUCGCGCGACUCUACUUAUUGGAGAACGAUACGGAGAACAUUGCUUAACGGAAGCUCGAUGCCUGUCGGCAAAAUUCCGUCUCGCGCUAAACACGGAAUAUCAUCGAGAAAACAGACGUGACCGAUUCGUCAAUUUAUUCACACAGCAUUAACGAUUGUGCGAAGAAGUAGUAGCGGAUUUCGAAGAAUCUGCAUGUCGAGUUCUUCUCGCGAUCUCGGAGAGCCGGAUACUCUCGAUUCGAGUGCUACCGUUUCGUUCUCCGCGAAACUCCGAGAUUGCGGCGUAAACUGAUCUCCGAGCAAGAAUAGACGAAUGACCGAGUGAUCGCGGGUGGACGGGGUGUCGCAGCGACGCCGUGACAUGUACGGACUGUGCUUAUCUUCGUUUUCUCCAGCAUCGUCGUCGACGAGGACGUACGGGGCGGCGGUGCGCGCGAAACGGUGCGAGAAACGAUCGAGGCGAAUCACGUGGGUCGACACCGCGACGACGACAACCGGCGACGGGACAGGUUGAAAAGAUGCUGGCACUUGCGAUGCGCCGCGAACACACGACCGGGCGCAGCAAUUACGAGCCCGCAAAUCCGCUCGCGGGGUUCGAACAUCUGCAGCACAACAGCGGCGGCGGCGGCGGCGGCGGCGGCGGCGGUGGCAAUCCGUUCGCGGUGGUGCCGUCCGCCGAGGGGCGAGUGCGCGAAACCGGCAGACCGGAGACCGAGGGUGAGCUGCAGGAGUUCGUGGACAUAGCCCAGGUGCAGCAGCUACUGCAGCAGCAACAGCAGCAUCAGCAGCAGCACCACCACCAUCAUCAUCAUCAGCAGCAAGCGACCGCGGCCGCCGCGUCCUGCAUCUGGGGAGCGGUUUACCCGCCGCCGCCGCCGGCUCUCGGAUAUCACCAUCACCACCAUCAUCAUCACCAUCCGCCAUCAGGCGAGGACACGCAGUGCGGCACCGAGGAUUCCGCCGUCGUCGCCCAGGGAGGCGACCCGCUGCAGAGGAUGACGAUGGACGGCAUGGAGGUGGUGAGCUCGCAGCCGCACGCGGCUGCCACCAGCCCGUUUCUGCUUUCCUCGCCGCCUUUGGGCCAUCAUCAUCAUCAUCAUCACGCGACCUUCAACCUGCAGACGGUGCAGCUCAGCUUCGAUGCGUGUUUACCGUAUAACGCGGCCUCCUCGUCCACCAAUUCGGUCACCUGCGGAAUCGGCGGAACGCCCGUCAACGCGACCUGCACAAAUUCGCCCGACAACGGCAAAACAGUGCCGACACUCUCCCUGCCUUCGUGCGUGCCGUUGCACAUGCAGCUGCAGAUCACGCCGACCGACACCCCGGAGCACAAUCACGGCCGUCAUCAUCAUCAUCAUCAUCAUCGAUUGGACGAUCAUCAUCAGCAUCAUUUGCAUACCGAUGCAUCGUCGCCGUCCACGGACGGCACAGACGGCAAGAGGCAUCGACAGCCCGACGAAGACGACAAGGGAUGUAUCAGAAACUGCAGGAAUGACAUCCACGAUACGAACGAUAAGGACAAGCCGGGUGAUCUAAACACACCGGUCACCACCAGCAGCGAUCUACCGUCUUUCUUCGGCCCUUCCGCGCUUGUCGAACCGCCACCGAUCUCAGGCAGUCUGACGGGCGAGGACCUCUCUCUGGAAGAGGCAGCCGCGGAAGAGGACGAGAAUGGCGCAUCCGCCGGCAGAGAUCAUCGGCAUCAUCAUCAUCCGGAUGCGCGAAACGCGGUCACGUCGAAUGCACCCCCCUCGAGUAGUCCGCCGUCGCGUCACCACCAAACCCAGGAAGAAGUGGACCGCUGCAACGUGUUGCAAAGUGGUGUAAUACUAUAUUCGUCGCCGCACUCCACGUCCACCGUGCCGGCGACCAGCGUGAACAUCUGUAACGUGCCGACGUUGACGUAUCGCGGCGUUUUCACCACAACCUGCGCGCAGCCCUCGCCUCUGAGCAAUCUGCAGAGCGAGCAGCAGCAGCAACCGACGUCGGCGAGCCAGGAGAUGUGGGCUCCGCUACCCUCGCCGACCUUAACCUUGACGAGUCAGUCGUUCCUUCACCCCAAUUUGCAUUCGACCGCCCCGUACAGCGGCGAGACCGUUGAAUUGCUGCAGGUGGACUCGAAACCGCCCCCGCCCGGUUACCAUGACACGCCGACCACCACCCCUGCGGGCUGGCUGACGGCGCACGAGGAAGCUUAUGAUCCCGGCCUUCUCCCGCACCAUCACUCGCACGCGCAUCAUCAGGAGACAACGCUGAAGCAGGAGCCAACCGGCACGUCCGGUUACACUCCCAAUGUGCAACAACCGCAGCAAACCCAGGCGCAAGCUCAGCAGCAGCAGCAGCAGCAGCAGCAGCAACAGCAGGCACCAUCGUCCACCGGCGGCACUCCGGGAGUCCAGCUGGCUGAAUACAAUCCGAGCACCUCAAAGGGUCACGAGAUACUAUCUCAAGUCUAUCAGCAGAGCACCCUGCCGCUGAGAUUGGUGCCUGUAAAGCCGCGGAAAUAUCCGAACCGACCCAGCAAAACGCCGGUUCACGAGCGGCCCUACGCCUGCCCGGUGGACGGCUGCGAUCGCCGGUUCUCACGAAGCGACGAGCUCACGCGGCACAUACGCAUCCACACCGGACAGAAACCGUUCCAAUGUCGCAUCUGCAUGCGCUCAUUCUCGCGCAGCGAUCACCUCACCACCCACGUACGCACGCACACCGGCGAGAAACCGUUCUGCUGUGAUCAAUGCGGCCGAAAAUUUGCCAGAAGCGACGAAAAGAAACGCCACGCGAAAGUGCACCUCAAGCAGAGGCUGAAGCGCGAGGGGUCUCACGCUAACCCGAGAAAUCAUCCUCAGAGCCACGCGUCAUCGUCACCCUGCAAUCAAUAAAUUCCACGACGACAACGAUGCUGAAAAUCCCUCUUCGAACAUUGAGAUCUCAUUGCGUUUGUCACGCGCUGACAAGUUGUGAUCUAUGUCUCUCCCGUUCUAUUUCUCUUUCAUCCCUCCUUUCUUUUUUCCUUUUUCUCUCUCUCCCUCUCUUUUCGGUCACUGCUCCAUCCCCCCUCUCUCCUCAUCUCUUAUGAUGAUCGAUGAUAAAACCACGGAGACCUUUAGACGGUUAAAACCGUCAUCGACUGAUCCGUUACAUUUGUCGUCGAUCCAUCAAUUAUUUAUAUUAUCUUAAUACACAACUGAAUACGGAUUAAUCACAUAUUACACAUAGCGCAAGACAAAUUUCUUGGAACUUCAGACAUCGUAUUCAUGUGAUCGUAAAAAUAAAAUUAAUUUAACUAUCAAAUAACUAAACGUAAAAAAUGAAACAAUUUGCUCAUCUCGAAAAUUGCGAAUCAAAGGAAAAAAAAAGUUUAAGCAUUACAGUUCUCGUUACUCGCGAAAGAAUGAUUAACUUCAUGUAUUUUGUGACUUCAUCGUUGGAUAAAAUGUAUAUGAAUAUAAUUUACUCUCUGUACCGAUGUUUCUUGCGUCAUAGCGAACGAUUCAAGUACUUAACAUACACUAGAAGCAUUUACGACGAUUAAUCGGAAACAAAACACUCGCGUUUAACCAAAAUUGAAUGGAAGUUAAUUAUUCGACUGUAAUCUCACUCUCACAUUACAAAAAUGAUAAAUGAUUAUUCUGCUUUAUGUGUACUUCGUGUCUUAGCUUGUACUCAAAUACGCGUGAAAUGUGAAACUCGCGAAAUAUUCUCCAACACAGAUGCCAUUCAGCGUCGCAAGAGCAUUUUCGUGCAAUUGUAUAACAUGAAAUCGAUACCAUCCGCAGCUUCCGGGAAUCGUAGAGAAUAUAGAGUGAAGCGGAAGAUACGGGAAAGAGGGAGAGAUGAAAAAGAGGGGUAGAUUGGGGGGGGAGGAGGAGCAAUAGGCGACUCAUUGCAUACGAAUAACUAUGUGUGAGAGAUGUAAUGCUUCGUGAUAUGAUAAAGUAUUAUAUAUCGACUUCACGGUCAAUACAAAGCGGGACUCGAUAUUUAAUGCAUACAUCUUAAAUGUCGAGAGAGUGCAAUGAGAGUGCAAUUUUGAAAGCUCAUGCAAUUCGAGUGCAAUAUUUUCAAGAAACUCAUAUUUUUCAUGGGGCUGUAUUCUUUUAGGCGGAUCUAUCUUACAAAGAAGAGGCGAGAGAUUGUUGAUAAGGCUUGCGGCCACGGAAAUAGAGAUAUUUUUUUAAGUAUAUUUGUAUAUAAUUCAACCGAGGAUCACACAAGAACGGUCGAUAUAAAGUUAUUUAUUUUUGAAAACCAUUUUACGGCAUUGCGUUAGAAGAUACAUAGGUGCUAAAACGGUCCCCCCUCCUCAUUACGAUAAAAAGAAAAAUAUUGAGAAAUCUAAUUUCGAUAAUUAUUAAAUUUGUUUCUGCACUACGCUACCCUGCCGGAAGUUGGACGAUCUUUCCGUAAACUUCUCCAUAUAUGAUUUCGCAAAAUUCGUACGCGAGAUAUUGGAUUUUUAGCAGCGACCGCUUUUUUGCUAUUCUCAUUGCCAUUAUAUCUGCGUUCUAUCGCCGUAUUUUCUUCGUGCUCCGAACACGCUAAAUCUCGGCUGUCUUCGUCAAACACUUCCAAUUCUUAGUCAUUCUUGCCUCCCUUUCCGCAUUAUUGUAAAAAAAAUUCCACAAAAUAAUUAUAAUUAGACGUGAUUAUCGUUGUUGAAAGAGAUACUUCAUGUACAUAUGUAUAUAACUUGCUGUAUGUAUGUAAAAUCUAACGUCGUUCUCUUGCCCAGAUUUUCUUUCCUUCAUUUCGCAUUAUUAUCUCAUACGUGUAUACAUAUUUAGCAGUUGUUAAUGUUAUGUAUAUGUUGCUCUAUUUAUUAACAAGAUGAUUAUAUCAAAUGAAUAUAUUGUUAAAAUUAAAUAAUUAUUUUUAUUAUUGUAAUGACUAUUCUGGAGCGUGCGAUGCGUUACGGAAGUAACUGAAAUUACAUGGUAUCUACCAUUAUACACAUAUGUACACCUAUUUUUUUACACACACACGCUCACACACACACACACACACACACACACACACACAUACACACACGUACAUACACGUGUAUGCGAACGCGAUGAUACGUAUUACUCUUCUAUAAAUUGUAAACGCAAAGUAGCGCUCGUUCCCAAGAAGAUACUUUUUUUUUAUAAAUAGUAUUAUCUAUCGUUAGAUAAAUUAUAUGUAAUUAUUAUACAUAUAUGGUGCUCCGAAGUGCAAUGCAUGUAACAAAAGCCCUCAACUACCUGUAUAUUCGUAUUGUCAUCAUUUCUCCUGCAUGUGCUUCUCUUUGCGAAGCAGGUAACGCAAACAAUCUUGCAACAAUUAUUAACAGAAAUACAAUUAACAUUGACUCGAG